AAUGUUUCUAAGUUUCCAAGAGUAGGUCACUCUGACAAUUGUAAAGCAAAUUUGGAGAUCAUCAAGACAUCAAACAAAACGACAUGCUCUUGACUGGUGCAGUGAACCAUGUAGGGGAUGAAGUUCGGAAGAUGUCAAAACCUUGCACAGAAUAUUUUGGCCCAAUGUGUACAUGUCAUAUGCAGUCAAAAUAAUCUCUUUAGAAGUUUCAACGAUAACUCUUAUGUCUGUCUUGUGUUAAAAAGGUCUUCUGUUCGUCUAUUACUCAAUAAGCUUCAGCUUUCCAACAGGUCAUUGCAGUCCACAACCUGUUUUUGUUCCUAGACAACAAACAUAAGAACAAAGCAUUGGCUCCAAAUUAAUCUGCAAUCCAACCAAAAUGAAUCUUUCCAAUCCUUCCUUGUUAUAAUCUCUCUUUUUGAUCGAUCAAUUAUCAUUAGCACUCUGUGUACCUGCAUUCCAAAAGCUACCGUACCCCUUCUAAGUUCCCAUGGAAACUAAAUCCCAUCAGCAGCUUCACAUUUUCUUCUUCCCAUUUAUGGCUCCAGGACACAGCAUACCUGCCAUAGAGAUAGCCAAACAAUUUGCUUCUUACUCAGUAAAAUCCACCAUGAUAACCACUCCACUCAAUGCACCACAAUUUUCCAAAGUAACCCAAAACAGUAAACAGUUGGGGUUUGAUCAUGAAAUUGAACUUCUAUUCCUGCAAUUCCCUUCUGUUGAAGCUGGGUUGCCACAGGAUUGUGAGCAGUAUAGUUCGGCUACAACACAAGAGAUGGAGUUAAAAUUCUUCAAAGCGGUCACCUUGCUUGAACCACAACUCGAGAAGGUACUUAGCAAACACCGUCCUCAUUGUCUUGUAGUUGAUGCCUUGUUUCCUUGGGCUACAAAUGCAGCUGCAAAGUUUGGCAUUCCAAGUCUUCUCUUUCAUGGAACUGGUUUUUUCUCAUUGUGUGCUUCAAAGAGUAUGUUAAUACAUCAACCUCACUUGAAGUUAUCAUCUGAUUCAGAGUCAGUGGUCAUUCCUGAUUUCCCGGUUGAGAUUACAAUGAAAGGAAGCGACAUACCAGCUUAUUUAAAGCUAAAUCUUGAAAAUGAAUUUACCAAGUUGUUCAAAUCAUCCAAGGACGCCGAGGAAAGGAGCUAUGGGGUUAUUGUCAACAGCUUCUAUGAACUUGAACCAGAUUAUGCAGAUCACUUUGGGAAGAUAUUUGGGAAGAAGAAAUGGCAUAUAGGCCCAGUCUCGCUGUACAACAAGGCAGCAGAAGAGAAAGCAGGGAGGAGAUGCAUAGAACGUUCCGUCGAGGAAGUGCACGAGUGUUUACAUUGGCUUAAAUCUAAGAAACCCAAGACAGUUGUUUAUGUGUGUUUUGGAAGCCUGACCAAUUUCAGUGAUUCUCAGCUUCUGGAAAUUGCAGAGGGGCUAGAGGCUAGUGGGCAAGAGUUCAUUUGGGUUGUCAACAAAGAAAAGAAGGACAAAGAAGAGUGGUUGCCUGAAGGGUUUGAGCAGAGAGUGGAAGGCAAGGGGCUCAUUAUACGAGGUUGGGCUCCCCAAGUGCUGAUUCUUGAGCAUCAAGCAGUUGGAGGUUUUCUAACUCAUUGUGGGUGGAACUCGAUUCUUGAAGGAGUGUCUUCUGGUGUGCCAAUGAUCACAUGGCCAGUCUCGGCUGAACAGAUUUUUAAUGAAAAGUUGGUGUGUGAGAUACUUAAAACUGGUGUUGCUAUUGGUGGUCAACAAUGGGGAACAUUUGGAGAUAUAAAUGUGGAGAUAGAGGCCAGUGUAAAGAGGGUGGCAAUACAAAAGUCUGUGAGUCUAAUCAUGGUGGACGAAAAAGCAGAGGCAAUGAGAGACCGAGCUAAAGAGCUGGGAAAGAUGGCAAGGAGGGCAGUUGAAGAAGGCGGUUCAUCAUUCAAGGACUUAAGUGUUCUAAUUGAUGAGUUGAGGUCCCUUUGAUCUUAAAAUAUUUUGAAGCUUUGGAAAGUUUCAAGAGGAUGUUCUCCCUCUACUAAUAUAAACUGGGAGCAGCUAUAGGCAGAAAACUGUUGUAAUAAUUACUCAGCCAAAAGAAUUGCAUUGCAAUGAUGAAAAAAUUAGUGGACGAACCGAGUUUUCAUUUUUCUAAAGGAAAAAGGUGUUAGAAACAUAAACUAGCCUCUAAUUCUCUUGUUUCAUUAAAAACAUUAUAGGCAGGA